AUGAAAACAAGAUGUUUAUGUUGUUUUGAUGGGGAGACACAGACGUACAAACAAGAAUUAAGGGAGUUAUUGAAGAUCACGUGGCCUAUUGCCCUGACACAAUUCUUAAUGUUCCUGCCCGUGUUCGUAAGCCAGAGUUUCUGUGGACAUCUUGGAAAGGAAGCUAUUGAUGGUGUGGCGUUGGCGUCAACAGUUAUCAAUGUUUCUGGAAUGUGUGUGAUGUUAGGCCUGUCUUCGGCAGUAGAUACUUUAUUUUCUCAGACACUUGGAAGCGGAAACAAAGAAAAAGUUGGCAUUAUACUGCAGAAAGGUAUCUGGAUCUUACUUUUAUCUUGUUUACCUUGCUGGACUCUGUUCCUGAACACUGGAACAAUUCUCCAGUCAAUAGGACAGGAUAUUGUUGUUUCGAGAAUUGCUGGGGAGUACGCCACAAUAUUUAUGGCCGGUUUACCGGUAUAUGGAAUUAAUAUUCUACUCUCCAAGUACAUGCAAGUUCAGUUGAUUGUUAUACCAAGCUUACUGAUUGGGAUUAUGAUAAAUAUUAUGAAUGCUGGACUUCAUGCAUUGUUUAUCUACGUGGUCGGAAUGGAAACAAGAGGGGCUGCUCUCGCUGCAACUUUAACACACUGGUUCUCGGCUUUACUUCACGUGCUGUUCAUCAGAUGUAAAGGAACCUAUAAGGCCACAUGGACAGGUUGGAGUAAGGGGAGUUUGUAUGGCUGGGGAGCCUUUGUAAAGCUGGCUAUUCCCGGAUUAUUCAUGAUAUGUAUGGAAUAUUGGGGCCUCGAAAUAAUUGUCCUUUUAAGUGGUUUACUUGGAAAAGUUGAUUUAGCAGCAAAUGCAAUAGUCUAUAACAUCGGUGGACUGAUUUAUAUGAUUGUUUUCGGUAUGUCCGUUGCGGCGGGUAUCCGUGUAGGAUUGUUUUUAGGCGCGGGAGAUUCAAAAAUGGCUCACGUGGCCUCAAGGGUGGCCAUGUGUUGCGGAUCAUGUUUUGCGGUCAUAAUUGCUGUUUUCUUUGUAACUCUGAAAGACUUUAUUCCAAAACUAUUUUCAAGUAAUUCGGAUGUUCUUGUCUUGGCUUCCUCUCUUCUGCUACAGCUAGCCUUAUUUAAAGUGUUUGAUACCGUGCAAGCAACUUGUGGUGGAAUAUUGCGUGGAAUAGGUCUUCAGGCUUUUGGUGCUGUUUUCAACUUUUUUGGUUACUAUAUAAUUUCAUUACCUAUAUCCCUGACAUUGAUGCUGGCAACCCCAUUAAAGGUUCCUGGUGCCUACUGGGGGAUGAUCAUAGGAUCUUUUGUAGUCUGUGUGAUAUAUUGUGUCAGAAUUUUCACACUUGACUGGGAGAAGGAGACCAGCAAGGCUUUAAAGCGAGCGUGUCUGGAAGGAUCAGUCAAAGAAACUGACAGUAUAAUCACUCAUGAUGAAAAGCAAUCAAUACAAAUGGCAGAUGUCAGUUUGAAUGAAGGCAGUUAUAAAUGUUAUAAUUCCAUGGAUAGUUCUAUUCUAGGCGGGGAUGAGAUACAAGAUAAAACAGACAAUUUAUCAUCCAAUCAACGAAGCAUAUUAUGUAAAAUAUUCGUUUUGAUACUAUUUUUGUUGAUUUUUACUGGCGGUGUUUGCGUUAGAAUUCUUGUUCACAUUUGAUAAAAAAAUACU